AUGGACAAGCACAUCAAGAAGGGACCUUGGACCAGUGACGAGGACCGAGCGCUGUUGCAACUGGUACAGGAGCUCGGGGCCCAGAACUGGGUCAAAGUCGCCGCGCAGCUCAAAGUGCGCAGCCCCAAGCAGUGCCGGGAGCGCUACCACCAAAACCUCAAGCCCAGUCUCAACAAGAGCCCAAUCACCGAGGAGGAGGGCCAGAUGAUCGAGGAGCUGGUCAACAAGAUCGGCAAAAAAUGGGCCGAGAUCGCGCGGCUGCUGAACAACGGCCGCAGCGACAAUGCCAUCAAGAACUGGUGGAAUGGCGGCGCCAACAAGCGCAGGCGUGCAGCCGUGGCUUCUGGUGAGCCGGCCAAGGACCCGGCCGCGCCGCUUGCUGCGUACGCGCUGGCCCGCCACCACGACGCUGCCCACGCGCCCGCCACGACUGGCCUACCCGUCCCAAAUGCAACUGCCACUCUGCCGGCCCCGCCCCCUUCCACGGGCCCCAAUCCGGCCGCAAACGCCUCUCAGGGCUAUCCCAACCUCCCUCCCGUGUCGAUGAUGCAGCCCAUGUACAUGAUUCCCGGCCACCCUCCGCAGCUCACGGCCCCAGUGUACCCGAACCCCCACCUGCCGCAUUUCCAGCCCAUGGCCCACGGCCAGUACCAGUUCCAAGUGCCGGGCCUCAUUAGCCCGGCCAGACGCUCCUCCAUUGGUCACAACGAGCUGCCGUCUCUUUCUGCCGGUGCCGCCCACGCGGGCGGUCGCAAGACCCCCGCGGGCAACAGCCCCGUGGCCAUGAUUCUACCCUCGCGCAAAAACUCCGUUUCUGCCGAUAGUUUUCCCACAGCGUCCACGUCGUCCACGGGCACGUCACGUCGUUCGUCCGUGGCCUUCCUCGACGGUGUGCCCUCCAGCAAGAGACGAAACUCUGCGCAGGUCAAUUCCCCGUUGCCCUUCUCGCGACGCGUUAGCGUCAACUCCCUGGGUACUACUGUGAGUAAUAGCUCCAGCAACAGUAGCUUUACAUCUUUCAGCAACCCAGCAAGCAACUGCAACACCGUACCCACAUCUUCUUCCACUGUGAUCUCGCACUCCUCUCCCGAGCUGUUCAAGCCCAAUUUCAAGUUUGCAGAGAUCCAAAAACCGCCUUUCAAGAGCGUAGAAUCCGACUCCGCCCUCCAACAGAAGGAGCCGCGACUAGAUCGUGCCUCCAGCUCGACUUCCCUAAAGACCAUGGACUCCGACAGUGUCAAGACGGAAAACGGUCAACCUUUGAAACCGUUGUCCAAUACUCCUACCGGUCAAGACCCUCCCGCGAGCAGCGACCAUGCAUCCCAUAAGGACCAUGCGAGAGCCAAACUCAAUUAUCUCCUAAACGAUACAGACACAGAUUAG